CACGUUUUGCCGGAGAAGUUGUCAAUGCAACGACUGUUCUAUCCGAAUAAACACGUAAUCUCAUAAUUGCAGUCAAAUAUUUGAGUUCUUUUUUUUCGGUUAAAAAUUUACUUUUUGAUUCAAUUUGUUUCUGUACAAAUUGUAGUUUGAUAUAUACCCAAAAAAGUGAGAAAAAUGAAGAUUUUUAUUGUGACUUGUUUGUUAAUUAGUGCGGUGUUCGCUGCUGACGAAUCAUCUAGUUUCCAAGAUUGCUUGGAAAAGGAUUCCAUUUCGUGUAUUCAAGUUGCGGUUUACCGAAAGGCUAAAUCCUUCUUCGAACAACCCAAAAUCGACAUCUUCGGAGGACUUUCACUCGCCAAAUCUGAACGCGCCGGCAAGAGCUUGGAAGAACCAACCGUUGAUAUCGAAAGUGCCAACACCGUUGAAACUCGUGAAAAUGCAUUGGAAAGCUACGUUGUCAACCGUGCCAAGAACUUCUUCCAGGAACGUUCGUUGAGCUGGGACUUUGCCAACACAGCCAGAACCUUGGCCAACGCCAUUCCCGAUGACAUCAAAGAAUCCGUUCGAUCCCUCGUUGUCGAAGAACGUGGAAAGAAGAAGAAGAUCUUGAAAAAAUUGUUGCCUUUGUUGGGAUUAUUGAAAGUUAAAUUUGCCGUCUUCGGUGUUUUCGCACUCUUCGCCAUUGCCAUCAUUGCAAAGAAGGCUCUACUGUUAGCCAUUAUUUCCAUUGCCAUUUCUGGUGCGUCAGUUGUUCAAGGUCUUUUCUCGAAAUUGCGCGGAUUAGGUGGUGGUUUGGGAGGUUUGGGAGGCGGUAGCAGCGGUGGAUACUCUGGCGGCCAUGGUGGACACGAAGAAAUCAUUGCAUACACAAAUGGAGGUAGCGGUGGUGGUGGAUGGUCCUCAGGCGGCGGUGGAAGCACUGGUGGAUGGAGCAGUGGUGGAUACGAUUCAUAUGGUGAACAUGGAUCGCACAGUUCACCAGUAGCUCAAUCAAUUGCUUAUUCCGGGCAUCACAAAGUUGCUCGACGAUAGACGGCAGCCAAAAAAAAUGACGUUAGGAGGUUUUAGUAAUAUUAUUUAAAAAAAAAUUGCGAAAAAACGAAAUGAAAUUCCAUAAUUUAUUUUUAUUUAUUAAUAAUUUAUUAUAUUAAAAUGAGAGAGUAAUUGAUAUAUAGAAGAUUCAUCGAAUACAAUUUAUUGCCAAUGUUCAAAAUAGUUUACUCUUGUAAAGACUUAGUUCAGUCAGGCUUUAUAAGCUAGUCUCAAUUAAUAGAUUUUUACAGUUAAUUUGUUUACCGAUUUAUUAGCUUUACAAGUUACUUUCUAGUCUUUUCUUUUAAACAAAAAAUAUCUUGUGUGUUGCUCUAGUAUAGUGUAUUUCUACCUACUUCUUCACUAUUUGUUAUACUUUUCAUUCUUUUCUGUUGUUUGUAUAUAUUUUAUUUAGAUCUCCUACAUAAUUUCUAAGUCUACAAUCCUACGAUUCUUUGUUUUUUUUUUAAAUAUUAAUUUUAUUAGUCUUUCUAGUACUUUCGACUGUAAAUCUUCCUAUAUCUUCAUAACUGUGUAUAUCAUCACUUCAAAACCAAAAUCUUGCCUCUAUUUUCUUUUAACUGUAUAAGCGGUGAGAAAAUCGAUAAAUAGCUCAAAACACAAUCAAAACAAAAAUAUACCGAAUCAUGUAAUCAAAUCAAUAAUUUUUAUGUAAUAAACCGAGAUUAAUUAAAUAUCUUAAGUGAUCAAUCAAAA